UCUGGUAUGUGACUCUCAAUCACUGACUUCAGUGGCUAAAUUUGUAUUCAUGGCUGGAAUGAUGGUGGGAGGCAUCCUAGGUGGUCAUUUAUCAGACAGGUUUGGGAGAAGGUUCAUGCUCAGAUGGUGUUACCUCCAGGUCGCCAUUGUUGGCACCUGUGCAGCCUUGGCUCCCACCUUUCUCAUCUACUGUUCACUACGCUUCUUGUCUGGGAUUGCUGCAAUGAACCUCAUAACAAAUACUAUUAUGUUAAUAGCCGAGUGGGCAACACACAGAUUUCAGGCCAUGGGAAUUACAUUGGGAAUGUGUACUUCUGGUAUUGCAUUUAUGACCCUGGCAGGCCUGGCUUUUACCAUUCGAGACUGGCAUAUCCUCCAGCUGGUGGUGUCUGUGCCACACUUUGUGAUCUUUCUGACCUCAAGUUGGCUGCUGGAGUCUGCUCGGUGGCUCAUUAUCAACAAUAAACCAGAGGAAGGCUUAAAGGAACUUAGAAAAGCUGCACACAGGAGUGGAAUGAAAAAUGCCAGAGACACCCUAACCCUGGAGAUUUUGCAAUCCACCAUGAAAAAAGAACUGGAGGCAGCACAGAAAAAAAAACCUCCGUGUGAAUUGCUCCACAUGCCCAACAUAUGUAAAAGGAUCUCCCUCCUGUCCUUUACGAGAUUUGCAAACUUCAUGGCCUAUUUUGGCCUUAAUCUCAACGUCCAGCAUCUGGGGAACAAUGUUUUCCUGUUGCAGACUCUCUUUGGUGCAGUCAUCCUCUUGGCCAAUUGUGUUGUACCUUGGGCACUGAAAUACAUGAAGCAUCGAGCAAGCCAGAUGCUUCUCAUGUUCCUACUGGCAAUCUGCCUUCUGGCCAUCGUACUUGUGCUACAAGAAGUGCAGAUGCUGCGUGAGGUUUUGGCAACGCUGGGUUUAGGAGCGUCUUCUCUUGCCAAUACCCUUGCUUUUGCCCAUGGAAAUGAAGUAAUUCCCACCAUAAUCAGGGCAAGAGCUAUGAGAAUCAAUGCAACCUUUGCUAAUACUGCAGGAGCCCUGGCUCCCCUCAUGAUCAUCCUAAGUGUAUAUUCUCCACCCCUGCCCUGGAUCAUCUAUGGAGUCUUGCCCUUCAUCUCUGGCUUUGCUUUCCUCCUCCUUCCUGAAACCAGGAACAAGCCUCUGUUGGACACCAUCCAGGAUGAGAAAAAUGAGAGAAAAGACUCCAGAGAACCAAAGCAGGAGGGUCCCAGCAUGAAAGUAACACAGUUUUAGGGAAUUCCAGGAGCUGACUGCUGAUCAAUGAGCCAAACGAAGGGAACAAUCAGGACUGUUCCUAGACACUAGCAAAAUCUAGAAAAUAAAUAACAAGGCCGGGCGCGGUGGCUCACGCCUGUAAUUCCAGCACUUUGGGAGGCCAAGGCGGGCAGAUCACAAGGUGAGGAGAUCGAGACCACCCUGGACAACAUGGUGAAACACCGUCUCUACUAAAAUAAAAUACAACACUUAGCUGGGCAUAGUGGCACAUGCCUUUAAUUCCAGCUACUUGGGAGGCUGAGGCAGGAGAAUCACUUGAACCCGGGAGGCGGAAAUUGCAAUGAGCCAAGAUCGGGCCACUGCACUCCAGCCUAGUGACACAGCGAGAUGCUGUCUCAAAAAAAAAAAAAAAAAAAAAAAAAAAACGAAAGAAAGAAA